CACACUCGGACUAGUGGACAGAGGACAAGAUGUGGAAACUCCUCCUUCUCCUCGUCGUGUUUCUUGUUAUACAAGAUAGUGAUGGAUUAUCUGGGCUAAAAAGAAAACAUGUAAAGCUGUACAGGACCACAAUAUGCGAACACAACAGGAAGAGAGUGAGGUGUGGGAGAGGUGAAAAGAUUACAGUGCACUAUGCAAUGUACGGUCGUCGUAGUAAAAACACCUGUUCAAAAUACCUGAAAGGACGAUUUUCUACAAGGUGCAAGGCCAAACACUCCAAACAUAUCACCAAAAGGCACUGCAAUGGAAAACGUUUCUGCACUCUGCACGCCAGUAACUCGGUAUUCGGAGAUCCUUGUCGUGGAACAUACAAAUACUUAGCAGUGACCUAUUCUUGUAGAAAACGAAAACAACGUGUACGUGUCCAUGUGAUCAAAAAAACUUUGAGAAGACGACGUAACGUGAUAAGGAUGAAAUGUGGUAGACAUAGGGUCAUUGUUGUAAGAUCUGCUAAGUAUGUUCAACCAUUGAGAUAUACAAGAAGACGUAAGUUCCACGUAAGACGUAGUCGCAAUAGAAGACGUUGGAUGUCUGCAAGACGUGGGCGUUCUAGCAGAAGACGUGGGAUCCAUAAGAACGUCACACGGAAAGUAAAAUCAUUAUGUAACGGGAAAAGGCGGUGCACUCUGUGGUCUAACAAACCCAAAAGAGGCAAAGGAUACAAGUACAUACGGGUGAAAUACUCCUGUAGAAGAAUACAACGUGUACGUGUCCAUGUGAUCAAAAAAGCUUUGAGAAGACGACGUAACGUGAUAAAGAUGAAAUGUGGUAGACAUAGAGUCAUUGCUGUAAGAUCUGCUAAGUAUAUUCAACCAUUGAGAUAUACAAGAAGACGUGGUAUCAGAAGACAUAGGUUUCGUGUAAGACGUAGGCGCAAUAGAAGACGUUGGAGGUCUGCAAGACGUGGGCGUUCUAGCAGAAGACGUGGGCGCUUUAGCAGAAGACGUGGGCGCUUUAGCAGAAGACGCGGGCGCUCUAGCAGAAGACGUGGGCGCUUUAGGAGAAGACGUGGGCGCUUUAGCAGAAGACGCGGGCGCUCUAGCAGAAGACGUGGUCGCUCUAGCAGAAUACGUGGGAUCCAUAAGAACGUCACACGGAAAGUAAAAUCAUUAUGUAACGGGAAAAGGCGGUGCACUCUGUGGUCUAACAAACCCAAGAGAGGCAAAGGAUACAAGUACAUACGGGUGAAGUACUCCUGUAAAAACGCACGGGAAGGGAUGUGAGUGCUAUUGAGACCGAUGACCACAGACAGACACCAUACCGCCAUGAAGGUGUCCACUAAUCAUGUCAAAUAAAGACUAAUGUCUUAUUGCAAAAACGGA